AUGUCUGAGUCACUUCCGACGUUGGACACCCAUCCCACCCCAGCGAUACCCCUCCCCCUCCCAACCCCCGAGAACACCGGCCUCAAGAUCAUUCUCGAUGGCAACGGCAAUCACCAUGUCAUGGACAACAUCCUUCGCUUCUGCGACCGUUCGACGCUCUUCGCCUGGCGCCAAGUCAACAGCCGUUUCCAGAACGAGGCCGACUCCAUUCUCGCGCGCCAUGUUGUGUUCCAAUGCCGCACAUACACAACCGGUGACCCCAAUGUUUCAACCUUCGAUUUAGUCGACCCAAUGGGGCGUUCACUGCCUGGAUGGCGAGAGGCGGUGGUCUUCAUUCGUGACGUCCGCUCGAGUUCGCCCCAGGUGAUAUUCGCUCUCACCCAGAUUAGGCUUGGGCGACACGUCAGGAUCCUUGAUUGUCCGCUAGCGUGGGCAACAACGUUUGCCGGCGAUAACCCGCCAGCCACGCCGUUUCCACAUGUGACGGCCUGCCGUAUCUGGUACGAGCAAUUUCCUCGAGACCUCAACCGCUUUGCGAAGCCAGCAUUCACAUACGACCUCGGUCUUCCGGUUGAGUCGACGGCCGUCGUCUUCGGCCAGCUUCACAUCUCCGAUCCAUUCAGUUGUUGUCGAGCGGCGGAUAGGAACCAGCCGCGAAAGGCUGUGUACCACUUCCUACCCCGCUCAGGCGAUAUGGAAUGCCUCGACGGUCCCAUCCUCUACGCCAAGCGCCAACCUCCGCGCUGGGGAGCGCAUACGGCUCUCGUCCUGGUCUUCCCCGCUCUGGACUCUCUGGACGACCCUGAGUGCAAAACCGUCGUUUUCGCCAACAUCUAUUACGUCCUUGAAGCAGCCAAAGCCGCUGGUUGCUCGCCCACAAGCAUCACGUUCGUCGGACUCGAGGCUUUUCUUGAGGAGGACGAUACCCCUAACGGCGACUCAUCGGACGGCACCCCCUCGGGCAGCAACACCUCCAAUGGCCUUCGCUCUGAUCGCACCAAGAGGUUUGACCACAGCCUCGCCGCUCCAAACAUCAUCGACAGGUUGCGAGUUGCCGGUGAUUGGUAUCCCUACGAUCGCCCAGAUGACAAGCAAGGCGAUCGCGGCCCCAUCUGUAAACGGGCUAUUCCCUAUCUUGCCAACCUCAUGGAGACUGGCCGCAUCACCAACCUCUCCCUUGAAGAGUACGCCGCGACGUUGACUGAGAAGCAGCGACUGAUCGAGCUUGUGCCGAGUGCGUCGAACCUGCUCGAGGAGUGGAUACUGUGCGGGGGGAAGUGGACCUUGCGCACUUAG